AUGACUAAGCCAUGGGAAUUACACGAGGCUACCAUCAGGGAGCUCUACGCGCAACACACCCUCGCUGUGGUCCGGCAGAUCAUGAUCGAGCGAUACAACUUCAAGGCCUCGACGCGCGCGUAUCGUGGCCGCUUAAUACGCUGGGGCGUACGCAAAUACAACAGCAAGAAACGCAGUGAUCGAGGUUCAAGUUCGGGGAGCAGUCACGAUGACUGCUCUAGCGGGUCGGAUACAGCCUCUCCUAAGCUCCCACGGAGAAGUCUCCCGCCAGUUCACAGCAUGGAACAGCAGGUUGGAUCAAGAAGUGUCAGUACUGGCCAGCUAGACAUGCCGAGCCAGACGGUCCACUCCUACUCAGCAACUAGCAGUGGCCACGCUCAGUAUUACGCAGAGAGCUAUACCAAGGACCCUGUCCUGAUGGCUACGCCACACGCUGAUGCCCAAUACGGAUGGGGCCUCCCACUCACCCAGACCGCGACUUCUUCCAGCAGCUUCAGCCAAGCCGAAUCGGCAGUCCCGCCUCCUUACUUUGGGUACCCUCUUUCGCCGCCAAUGAGCACCUACGCCUCGACCGUUCCCCUCGAUGCGGGACAUACAAACGCACCGGUGGCCUAUCAGGCGCCACGCAGAAACCACAGUACGGUCGAUAUGAAUCCGCCGUAUAUGCCUGCGCGAGGCUACGGACCAGCGCCGCCGGUGUCUGGUUCAGGGGAGCAUGACGGUGGGGCUUACGAGCAUCUGGAGGAGCAGGACGUGAAGCCCAGUCCGCGUAGCGAUAUGGGUGGCUGUUCGCCGGAUUGGUACCCGGACCGUGGAGUCAGGUAA